GAGUACCAUCCCAUUGCUUGAGGAUUUCCCACCGUCUCAACUCCAGACAUAGAAAACCAUGUGAGCCGGGUCGAUGCUGGCAGUCGAGUAAGUGAACAGAGCUGGAAGCGUACAGAGAUGGCGUGGACGCCGCUAUUACAAUACAUUGCACUUGGACUAAUAUUCUGCACACAGAUAUUAUUGAGCAAGGCUUGUAGGACAGAUUAUACUGAUGUAGCUUCACGAGCGUUUUUCGCGAAAUAUGUAUUCGUGGGGAGGGUAGAGACACUUUCUCCAGUUGGAGAGGACUCCUUGUACAAUGCAACAUUCUCAGUGACAGAACAGCUCAAGGGGAGGAUACAUAACCAAAAGAGAAUACAGUCAGUGACAGUGGGGCCGUUUGGGCCCAAGAACCCUUUGCUAUGCAUUGGUGAUGUGAGGCAAGGGGAGAAAUAUAUUGUAUUUUUAAAUUCCACAUUAGAAGUCUCUGGACUAGCGGAAAGAGCUAGCAAUAGAACUAUUAAAGAAGCCAAAGGAAUUUUAUGUAAAAGAUGUGCCAAAAUGCCUGUGAUAAAAAAGAUAAGGGAUGUAAGAGCAGCAGAGGGAGACCGUGUUCAAAUUCGUUGCCAAGUGAGAGGCAGACCAUUGCCUGAAAUAACAUGGUACAAAGAUGGAGAGGUCAUACGUAAUAAAAAAGGACUAAAAGUACAGAAUAAACGGAAUUUGACCUUGGUUUUGAAAUCGAAUGAUACAUCCAAGAACUCGGAAACUUCAGACUCUAGUUAUGAGUUUGAAUUUGAGGAUGAUGAAAAAGUUGAUAGCAUUGAUAAUGGUGGUGCUGCUGCCAUAGACAAAACAAAAGUAAAAUUCACUCAGAUACUGAGGAUACGAAGCUUUAAAGGCGCUUAUUCUGGAGUCUAUACUUGUGAAGCCAAGAGCAUAGUGGGGACAAGGACGAGGAGUUUCAACAUAUCAGCAGAGCCUUCCUCAAUCCGGGGUAAUCCAUCAGGCUCCCCUUCAGCACUGCUUCCAGGCACUACAACGCCAUCUCAACAUAUUAGAAAUUGUCCAUCAGUGGAAGCACAAAAAUAUUGUUUUAAUGGAGGAACAUGCUUUAUUCUCCCUAUACAACCCAAUGAGUGGCAUUGUAUGUGCCCUAUCAAUUGGAAGGGCAAACGAUGCGAAACUUACCAUCACACAGCUGGAAAACCAGUUUAUUCUCAGCCAUCGAGUGCUUGGGCCACAGAAACUUCCAUAGUUGUUGCAUGCGGAACUCUUGUUGUACUGAUAGCAGUAGCAGCCGUGGUUGUGAUCAUACUCCAGAGAAGGCACCACCGCCGUAAGAAGUCCCAGUUUGCAGCAAUGUAUUUUAAAGGUGGGGCCGCAGGGCAGGAUGACCAUGGGCAGGACAUCUGGCUGACCAGAAUGACUAAUACAAACCAGCCUGGAGCUCUCGACCCUAACAACCAAGAGAGUUCUCCUUUGAUAGCCCAUGGCUGCACGAACCCGCUCGGAGAUGAACCCGAUGGCCGCAAACCUCCAGCAACUGUUGCCGAGCCGCAGGACAGCUUGGAGAGACAACAGCGAGGUCGGCUGCCUGCCGUGUCAGAAACUCCCAACAGUAUGCGCAAAUAUACUGUCCACCAGAAUAUGCCUAUUCACCCUUUAGUGACUGCAACUGUUCACGCAAAACCGCCAGAACACCAAGAACUGAAGAGCAACUCUCCUUCGCAAAACUCCAAGACUGAGUCACUGCAACAACGUAUGCACCACAGCAGCGGUAGUGAGGAUGAUGCUGAAUCUCCUGACCCCACAGGUCGUCUCCAUGGUAACAAAACUGGAACAGGCCUUCCUCUUGAGAUUGACGACUACAUUGAACAGCGAGGCAGCCCUAUGAUUGACAGCGACAUGGAGGUCAAUCCUGCAGACAGUGAAGUUGACCUGAAUAUGGGAAGCCAGGAUGUUCACCAUCCAGGUCGACAUCACCUUCGCUAUGGCAGCCAUGACCAAAUGGAAUCAGAAAUCGAUGCCAAUGAUGAAAGUUUCGAAGAGGGAGAUCACGAUUUUCAUGAGCAGCUUCUCAACGGCUACCUGAACAACUUAGGUUCUGCCAGCAGCCCUUCCCAGAUUAGAGUUCCCAAGUCACCAAAGACAGAUGAAACUGCUAAGGCCUAUGCUUACGAUAGUGAUGAUGAUGAUGAUGAUAAUGAAGAGGAAGUGGAGGAUCCACGGGUGCAUUAUCAUUAUCCCAAUCCCAAGUUCACCACUUUCCAGCCAGGUCCCAGAACAGGUGAAUAUAGUAAUCAGUAUAGCAGACCACCUGAACAAAAGUAUCAUGCCUAAGACCAAACGCUGCGAACUGCCUUUUUUAUAAGGACACUGCCAUGUUAAAGUAUAUCUGACCUAUUGAAAAGGUUGUCAGACAUUUUAACUUCCUAUAUUGUAUAUAGAUUUAUAUUAUCUGACAUGUAUGUAAAUUAAGUGAUGUAUAUAUUAACAUUUGUAUAUUAAUGUUGCAUAUGUCUGCACUAUUUAUUGCAUGUGUGUUACACACAAAUGCACCGCUAUAUUAAAGAGAUGUUUAUGGAUCUACAUAUCUGUAACCUUAUUACAUAUACAGGGUUGAUGAAUUGCAGCAAUUGAUUCAAAUGUCACCAUGUAACCUGUAUUAUUCUUGUGAUUUCCAUUCAUAUAAUAAUUAUAUUGUAAAAAUAAUGAUUUUAACUGUUAGACACUACAAUGUUGACUUACUAUAUCAUAUAUACUUAUUUAAGACGUCUGUUUUCUUUUUUUUUUUCCUUUUUUUAACAGUUUAAAGAAAUAAGAACAAUAUUGUGUCCAGUUGUAACAGUGAUAACUGAUAGGACAAGAGUUUGUUCCUUUUAAGGGCUAUUUUUGUUUUGCUAGCUUUGUCAAGAAUUUUUUUCAGUUUUCUUGAUAAGUUUAUUGGAGAUUUGUUUUGUUUGUAGUCAAGAAUUUCAUUCAGAUUUCUUGUUAAGUUUAUAGGAGUUUUGUUUGUUGGUGAAUUUUUAUUUCAAUUUCAAAAGAAAAAAAUGGUUUGACAUUGAACACCUUAGAGGUGAAAUUCUUUUCACCUGACAAAUCCAUCUUGUUACAAUGAUGCUAGCACUACACCCUCAUAGGGUGCGUUGAGUAUCAGAAAAGGCAUUAUGGAAGUAAGCAUUCUGUGAUAUUGGGACGUCUCUAAACUUUCCAUGAUGUGGUGUAUGUAGAACUGUCUGCAGUAUUUGUACAGAUUUCAUUGCAGCCAGCAUAUAUAUAUUACUUAUUGCCAAUAUGUAGUAGACUCCCAUGUAAGAAGACUCCUAAAAGAACUAAGAUUAAGUCCAUGAUAAAACAUUGAUCUAAAUUACCACUGAAUUCAUGAAAUGCAUUUCAUAUUUUGUGGUUGAUAAUUAGCUUUAUGGUUUGAUCUGAAUAUUGGAAAACCAGAUUUUUGGUUCAGUAGACAUACAUUUGAAUAUAGGAAUUGUUUUAAGGAAAAUAAGAGCUCCUUUUGCCAGUUUUGUAGCACAAAUCAAGAUUGUGUGGAUAUCUGGUCCUAGUAGAAAGAAUUUAAAAUCAAUCUGCAAUUGAACAUUUUUUCCUCAAGUAUAUUUAGCUUUAUGUAGCAGUGUUGACUGGAGUCAAGAGUAAUUUUUGUACACUUAAUUUAUUAGCACAAGCAUUGUACUUAAUUUAUUAGCUAUUAUCCCCAAGUGCUUAUAAUGCACUUGACGCGAUUGUGUGAUAAGUAGAGAGAAUUGCCCAGCAAGUCGUAGACACUUGCAUAAUUCCUCCCUUACAGUGAUAUGUUUAGUUAUCCUCUGUUUUGGGAAGCGUGUAAAAAUAUGAGACUCCACCCAAGAUGUGCUUAGUAGUAGGACAUUCAUUUGAGGUAGCCAGGCAUGCAUUUUAUGAUCCUGUGUUGCUGAUAGAGACACUUAGUAGUGCAGGCUGUGAUUUGGUUACAGUUACUGAUGUAUCGAUUAAGGAUUAAAUGAAGGCGUUGUUCCCACACAGGUGGAGUCUGAACUGGAGCAUAGCGUCCCUUUAAGAUAGCAUUUCCAAAUGUAGAAAAGAACUACAGGUCAUUACCCAUCUCGUUUAAGAUCAGUCUAACUUUAACACCCUUCACAUUUCCUUCUUUUUAAUCAAAUCACUAUACUAGUUUGCAGCAUCAUCUUAUUGUAAUGACAACAUCAACAUGGAUAACUAAGAGAAAUAUGGCUAUGCUCUACUAGAUUUCACCAGGAGAUACUAUGCACUGGUUAAUUAAUUGUAAUUCUGUAUGCUAGGCUGUUUUAUCAAAAUAAUAUAAAAUUCAGAGAUAUUUUUAGAUCUAUUUUUGUAUAGAAAUGCAAUUCAACAUGACUGUGAGCCAGAGUGGGGGGAAAUAAAGAAGACAUUUACUACUUCAAAAAUAUUACUGGUUAAUGAAAUAAUUAAGGUCAAGGAUUUUUCUGUAAACAUUUUUUGUUGCUGUCUCUCUUUCUUGAAUGUGUCCAUGUUUCGUUUUUCCUUGUACUGGAAAUAAGAACAGGGAAGUCAACCCCAAUCUUUUUUGAUGGUUCUUGGUUUUUACAGAUAGGGGCCACCUCUCACAGCAUGUCGUUUUGCACUAUGUUUUAAACAGGAAAAAUAAAUG